AUGACGUUUUUAGACCGGGAGUUUGAUGCGGUGCUGUUCGACCUGGAUGACACGCUCUAUGAUGUUCCUGCGAUAGCAAAGACUGUGAGAAACAACAUCACACGCUACCUACGGGAAGUGCUUCUCAUCCCAGCGGACGAAGUGGACGCUCUUACAUUGAAGCUAUACCUGGAGCAUGGCACGACCAUGGCGGGACUGGUGGCGGCGGGCUACCACAUAGACUACGACCACUUUCACGACAAGGUCUCAGGGCCGCGGUGGCUCGUGCACGCGACCCUUGAGUACGACUUGCUGCUGCACCCCAACGGAGUGCGCGACAUCCUGGCACAGGUCACGGCCACAAAGCACAUUUUCACCAAUGCAGAUGCCAAGCACACAGCGGAGUGCCUCUCACGGCUGGGUAUCCAGGGAUGCUUCGAGACGAUCUGGUGCUUUGAAACCGUGCAGCAGCUGCUCAAGGCACCGGAGGGCGCACCGCCCCAGGUACUAUGCAAGCCCAACCGCCGCGCCUUUGAGCUGGUGCUGCAGCAGCUGGGCGUGGCGCCGGGACGCGCCGUCUUUAUUGAUGACAGCCCCCGCAACUGCGCCUCAGCCCACGAGCUAGGGAUCUUCACAGUGCUGGUGGGCCGUGAGGGGCACGUGGCUGGCGCAGACCUCGUGAUCCCAAACAUUCACGAGCUGCCACGUGUGCUGCCGGGCCUGUUUGCGCCGCCGGAGCCGCCGCGUGUGGAGGCUGCGGCGGAGGUGGGUGUGCCUAUUCGCGUGCCGGCGUGA